AUGUCUGAGAAUGUUAAACUCGUAGUUGUUGGUGAUGGUAAUGUUGGAAAAACAUGUAUGCUGAUGUGUUAUACAUCUGACGAAUUCCCAACUGACUACAUUCCAACUGUAUUUGAUAAUUAUGUUGCAAAUGUAGUUGUUGAUAAUAAAAAAAUUAACCUUGGAUUAUGGGAUACUGCAGGGCAAGAAGAAUACAAUUCUCUUAGGCCAUUGUCAUAUCCACAAACUGAUAUUUUUUUAUUGUGUUUUUCAGUAGUUUAUCACGCAUCAUACAUUAAUGUAAGAGAUAAAUGGGUCCGUGAAGUUCAUCAACACUGUCCAACAGCUAAAUUAAUGGUUAUUGGAACAAAAAUAGAUUUAAGAGAUGAUCCAAAAGAAGUAAAAAGUUUACAAGAUAAUGGAGAAGUACCUUACACAAAAGAAGAUGGAGAUAAAUUAGCACAUGAUUUAAAUGCUUAUUGUUAUAUGGAAUGUUCAGCACUAAAACGAGUUGGUUUGAAACAAAUUUUUGAACAAGCCAUCCGAUAUACAUUAAAAGAUAGAAAUGAAAAAGAUACUGGUAUUACUAAAAAGAAUGAAAAUAAAAAAUCUAAAUGUUACAUUUUCUAA